AUGGACGGCCAGAUGAAGCCGCCUGGCUUCCACGGAGCGGAGAGUCGAAGGACGAUGGCGCCGGCGCCGGCAAGGUUUUACGACUUGAUUCUGAGAUUGGUGGCGCUGCUGCUGACUUUGGCCGCCGCGGUGGUCAUCGGCGCCGAUAAGCAGACCAAGACGGUGCCGCUGCAACUCGCCGCCGCGCUGCCACCUCUCUACGUUCCUGUUACUGCGAGAUGGCAUUAUUUAUCUGCCCUGGUGUAUUUUGUGGUGGCAAAUGCAAUAGGAUGUUCAUACGCAGCUUUAUCGCUGCUGCUUUCAGCUGUAAACAAAGGCAGAAGCAGAAGCUUAAGAUCGGCGAUAAUUGUGAUGGAUAUUCUCACGGUGGCGCUGCUGUUUUCCGGUGUCGGAGCCGCCGCCGCCGUCGGUGUGAUCGGCCGCAAUGGGAAUUCACAUCUUAAGUGGAACAAAAUAUGCAACGUUUUUGGACGAUUCUGCGGCCAAGGAGCAGCUUCUCUCCUCCUCUCCCUCCUUGGAGCGACGUCGUUUCUCUCUCUUGUUGUGCUUGCUGCCUUGAGGCUCCUAAUAGAGUUCAAGUGAGACGCUAUCGAACAAUACUUAUGUUCCGUGUUCGUUC